CGAGAGCGCAGUUUGCAGUGAUAUUACACGUUGUGUGUAUCUAUGUUGAUGGUGGCGCUGGAGGAAUCUGCUGAGCCGACAUUUCGUAAGGACUGGAUUUCCAGCGCCCCGGGAACAUGGUGUUAGAGAACAGGUUUUUUUGAGAACUUUCUGUAAAUGGACACCAGCACCAUGUCAUUUGUUGAAGGAGUUGGUGAUGAAGUCACAGUCCUGUGUGGAAUAGUCUUCCUGGUACUGGCACUUGUUCUUGCUUGGCUCUCCACACAUGUUGCUGAUCGUAGUGAUCAAAUAUUUGGGACCAUUGUUACCACGGGGAACUCGUUAGUAGGGUUAAGCAGCGUAGAGCAGUACGUGGCAAAUGCAGCAACACCUGAAACUGAUGAAGCCCAGUCAGCAACUGUCCCUAUUGAGCAAAAGCCAGAGGAAGAAAAUGAUUCUGGCCUUGGAGCAUCAACUGGAAAUAAUGGCCCCACCAAUGAGCAGGUGCCAAUUGAAGAAGCUUCCAGUUUAACCGAUGCAAAUAUUGAUCCUCUAUUGAACAUACAAGGUUUGCGCAAGCGAGCAUCAGCCAGUGAGAUUAGUACUGCAGAGGUACUGGAUUCUGGAAUGCUCGAGAACUGUAAUGCUCAUACACACACAGUGGAUAGUGUUGAAGAGGCCGAAGGGCAAAUUAAAGUGAGGCUGAAGUUUUUAAAUGACACGGAAGAGGUAGCACGAGUAAAACCAGAUGAUACUAUUGGAUUUCUGAAGAGCAAAUAUUUCCCAGGACGAGAGCAACAAAUGAAGUUCAUUUACCAAGGCCAGCUUCUGCAAGAUCAGUCCCGCACUCUUGGAUCGCUCAACAUUACAGACAACUGUGUCAUUCAUUGUCACAUUUCACAAACUUCAUCCUCUUCCAGCCCUGCGGUUUCUUCAAUGGUGGAACAGAACCAAACUGCCCUUAAUGUUGGUAAUCUGAUGAUCCCAGUUUUUGUCAUCAUGCUUGCUGUAGUCUGGUACUACCGCAUUAACUACCGCCAGUUUUUCACUGCACCAGCCACAGUUUCCCUGGUUGGUGUUACUGUUUUCUUCAGUUUCCUUGUAUUUGGCAUUUAUGGUCGAUAAAGGGACAAUGAUAUUUCCUCAUUCUUCAUCAAUGCUUAUCCAACCCAACUGAAUGUAGUGUUACUGGUCAAUGUUGAAAUAAGAUGUGAUGUGGAAUCAGUGUAUUUUUUUAAACAAAAGUGAAAGAGAUCUACCUUAGCACUGAUUUUUUUUUGCCAGAAUACCAUGCUGUUGGCAACUUACUAGCAUUUAAUAGAAAUUUAAAAAUAAAGUCUAGCUAGGAAAAUGAUCAUGAUUAGCAGAAUUUGUGAUGGGAAAUUUUUACCAUUGAUUUAUAAAAGGAUACAUUGAACCAGAAAACAUUUCAUACAGCCAAAUCCUAUUAAAUGCAACUUUAAUGUCCUCCAAAAGAAAAUUUAAUGAUCUGUUAAUAUAGAUCAGGUCUUAUAUUCAUCAAAUAUUAAACUGCCAAUAUGAAAUGUCAAGAUUCAAAUUUAUGGGUUAUUGUCUUUGAAUAUCAGGAAUAUUAAAGCCUUACAGCAUUUAAAGUAGGUAAGAUUAGAUUUUCAUUAUGGCAGCCAGUCAAAAUUUUAUCAUGAGUUUUCAUUCAUCUGGACUUCCUAUAUUUACAGUUUCAGUAGUAUGCUUGUAAGGGCCUAAAGAUUUUUGAGAUGUGGUGACCUUGUUACUGUUGAACAUAAUAAACAAAAUCAUUGUACCGACAGGCAAAAUAAGUGGAUGAAGGUGUUUCCAAAAAAGCUAGGGAGAUGUAACACUUUGGUAAAAGUUGGAUAUUUCUGUCCACAGCUGCUCAAUGCCUUUAUUAAUGGCAGUUGGCAAAGGAACUCAACAAGUGAUCAAUUCUACGAGUUUUACCCACUGAUUUUUUGAUUGUCAGACUAUAGACUAUGUAAUAUUUACAUGAUUUUUAUAUCUGCUUGAUCAUAAGAUGUAACAAUCAUUGUAUUUGCAUUAAUGUUUGUUUCAUGCCUGCUUUCCUAAAGAUGACGCUGUACUACUGCUGUUAAAAGUUCAGAAGGAAGGUGGGGAGAGUAGCUAGCCAAUGCACAAAUUCAACUACCUUUUAGAGAAGUUCUACAAGCAGGAAAUAAAACAGCAAAUUUUAAAAGUGGAUUAGUAUGAAAUAAAUUGUUUAAUUAUCAGAGAUGAGACUUUUACAAAGAAUACAGGGAUUCAAACUGAGAAAUAUAGCAUAGAGCUUUAAAAAGAAUAAAACAGCAGCAGAGAUUUAGUUAGAAUGCCUGCCACAAAAUUUAAAUCUGCACCUUAUGUUGUUUAAUGUUGUAGAAAGGUGUCUUUUGUCUAGAUUUAUAGUGUGGGAUUAUACAUUACGGGUUGCAGUCAGUAUUGGUUAAAAUUAUGAUGCUUAAUUUAAUAUUCAAACUUCAUGUACUUUAUAUUAAAUUAAGCCAUCAUUAAAGAAUUCCAUAUUUGAUAUUUUUAUUCAAUAAAGUAUGGGUAUGAGUCAGAGUCAGAGAGAGGAUAAAGUACAAAUUAAACAUCUCAAAAGGUAAAGUUCAGAUGUACAAGUCCUGUGUGUAGAUGGGUGCAGAAGAGUAUGCAAAAAAAAAGCCUAUAUUGUCAUGAUCUUGAUCCUUUGUAGUUGCAGGAGAUUGGAGGUUGAUGAUGAGUGGUUAUGUAACAACAUAAAAUGUACAGUAUAUGAAGAGUUGCUGUGAACUGGGGAGUGUGGUGGUUUACUGAAAACAAAAUUGGAUGUAGUAAGAUGCAUCUCUGCUGCUUUUAUAGUUUCUUUCAAUCAUUUGUGCCUUCAAGAUUUUAAAAUAUUGCUGACGCUUUUUUCAGAUCUGUAGAACAGACCUGUAUUGUGCUGAAAGCCCGGCACUAAGAUUAGAUUAUUGGAUUUAAAAUCUGUAACUUUUCUGAAAUGUUCUCCCUUUGUUUCAUAACACCUCAUUGAAUGUAAUUAAAUAGAGUAAACAGUU